CUCGUGCCAGCCAUGGCGGUCGUCUUGGCUGCGGAGGUGACGUCCUCUCGGCAUCCCUCGCAGCAAAUGUCUGCGUUGCUGGCCAGCUUUGGCCCGACAUGUCCAACGUGGCAUGGAUUUGACUAUGUGGUGGCAACUCCAGCAGACUGCUUGCCUUGCAACGUGUUUGCGUCUACCUCGUGUUUAGGCGAUCACAUCGGCUUUGUGCCGUUCCCGUAUUCGAGCUACGCGUACGCGCUCGACCACGCACUUUUCCCGGACGGUGGCCUCGAUGCAGACAGUGCCGAUCUUCUCGUCGGGUCGACCAGACUUCCUCGGAUCACUGUGUCCACCCAAUUCAGCGCCGACGUUGUAGUAGUACCCCCUCGCGUGUUUUCCAACGUCCACCCCCCCAAGGCGUUCAACUGGAACGACUUUAACCAGCAUCGAGACACAAUUGUGUGGAACUUGCUGCAAACCCAAGCCGUCCAACCGGGCCUGUACGAGAUCGAGCUCGACGCAUGGGAUUAUGUCCAAAGCAGCGGUACGUGCGACGUGUGUCUGUCCAUCACGGACGGCUACCGCCCUCAAUCUACGUCAGUUUGCCCCGAGUUUGCCGCAACAGAAGACCAUGUCGGAUGGCGCAAGUAUUUUGCCUCGGUACACCAGUUACUCGCUGAUGUGACAGCGUUUGCUACUACCCGCACCAACAACGACAUUUGUUCGUCUCCGCUUUCGGUCGAUGCGACGUGCACGGACACAUCGACGCUGACUGGUGUGGACUGGUUUGAUUGCCCCAUUGACGACGUCGCCACAGCUACACAAUGUCUCACUCGCCCCCUGACGGCAUGCGCUGCGUCAAAGUUGCUCGCGAAUCCAUUUGCAGAUCCCGACGUCUUGUGCAACCCGUCCGAGGUGUUGGGACCAACCCAAUGCCGCCGCCAAUGCUCGUUCGACUAUGUGUGGAGAGAGCCGUAUGUGGUCUAUGGCUGUCAGGACACGACGUCUGUGACGCAGUGCGGAAGCGGGUUGGACGUGAAUCGAGGUGGCGACAUGACCGACGCCGCGUUGUCAGCGUUUGGAUGCACCCAGAUGGUGUCGUUGGCCACCAUACCCAGCGAUUUCCAAGUGCGUGUUGCCGUCGACGCCAACGUACAAGAGCUUCGCCAGAACGACCAGUUUGUCAAAACCAGUGCCCGACAAGUGCAUUUUCGACACGUCGACGGCUAUGAACGCCAGUUGCAGCUGCCGAUUCAAGAUAUCGUGACAGUGACGUCGACUCAUGAUCCAGUGAACAAUGCGAUUCUGCCCACGACCGAAGCGCCCGUGUAUUGGCGGUGGAGCAUCAAACAUAUCACCUCCGGUGACAAACACCACGGAGGCGACGACAUCGUUUGGCAUGACUGGAGUGCCAACGACUUAGUCACCAUCGUUGGUGACGACGACACGACGACCACGGUGGUCAUGGCUUUUGAAGCGUGGACUCAUUGUGGCCGUGUCUGCGAUGCCGUCGAAUGGACGGUCGUGUUGGACUGUACCGCAGAGACCACUGCGCCACCCACAUAUACGACGAAACCGUCGAAACCACCGUCAUACUCAUCCACCAAGAAACCGACUAGAGCGUCAAAGUACAUAACAACCCCGACAACUUCUGCGUACGAGCCAAAAACCCCAAAACCCACCGACACACCAAGCGCGCCUUACUCAACUCCCCCCGACGAUGAUGACAUUUCGUCAACUGUAUCACCAUCCCCCAUCAUUCGCACCAAUAAACCACCUUACCAAGCUCCGACUACUACCACGGCAAUGGUCACAACGCCCCCCCCCACCACGUCUCGAGCUAACGUUAGCUGCCCCCUAGCAGGCGACUCUUUGGUUCGCCCAACGUGGGAUAACGCCCCCGUAUGUGCUUGGCCAUCGGUGGACGUUUUCCUCACCGGGACAGACCAAGGGUGCGUUGCUUGCAAUCCAUUUGAUUCAGCUGCUUGUCCAAGCAGCAAUCGCCAGCAUAUCCCCGUGCCUACCUCGCCAUAUUCCAGCUGCGACACUGUUCCAUCGCGGGCCACCGUCGACAUUUCCGUGUAUGACCGCCAUGGGUCCAUCGUAACCCCUACAUUGCAUGCCACGGACACGGUCCCGUGGCGUGACUACGCGUUGGGGGACCGCCGACCGUCGAUUCUGUAUUCGCUUUUGCACAGCGGAUCCAAGCAGCAACUCCUGCCCGGUCGCUACGAUGUCCACUUGGAAGCACAUGAUGGAUUUAGCACCAGUGCAGUUUGCUCCACAUGUGUGACAGUGUCGGACCGCUUCCGUCCCCAGUCCCAGCGAGGUUCAUGUCCCUUUACUGGCGACUCGUCCGUGUUUCAAUUUGUGGGGUGGUCAGCCCACGCAUCAGACAUCCGCGCUAUUUCGUCCCACUUGAAUGCGUUUGUCACGUCUCGGCAAAACAACGACGCAUGUGGUGACGUUCUCGACGAUAAUAACGUUAUCGCAUGUGAUGACGUGAUCAACGUGACCGUGUCCGAUUGGCUCAACUGCCCCGUCGACGCAGGCUACUUGGGUCUAGCCGGGGUAUCAUCUUCGCCCGGAAACCAUUGCGUCCGCGCCGCUCUGAUUCGCAAUCCAUUCGUGGACACAACCGUGUUGGCAGACCCAGCUUCGUUCCUAUCCCCGUUGCAAUGUACCCGGACGUCGUAUGUGUCAUAUCAAUGGCGAGAAGUAUGGCUCGACUACAAGUGCGACAACGCCGCCGCCACGGCCAUUUGCAGCAGCGGCGCAGAUAUUGCUCCGUAUCGCGGCGGGGACCUCUCGGAUGCCACCCUAGAUCAAUUUCAAUGCGGGGGGACGUUCUCGCUUGCUGCCACGGCCGACGACCUGGUGCGGCUCGCAGAUAUCCAACCCCACCCUGCCCUUGGCAUGACUACUCCAAGCUACAUUGCCAACGACACAGACUGGAUGUCCUUGGGUUUGUACGCUGAUGACGGCGCGCCGCACCAGUUGCACUUUUGGUCGGAUUCGACUCUGUCGCUGUCUGUGACGCUGUCGCAUGUCCAAGCUGUGUUUACCCCCAUUGUGGUCCUCGCCAACGCUGCUCAGCAAGGCGAUAUACCUCUCCCGACAACCAGCGACGAUGACCGCAUCGUGUUUUGGAGAUAUAAGGUCGGUCAUCAACCAACUUGGCGCGACUGGCAGUCCAACGAUGCGAUCGCGUUGGCGGGUCCUCGGACGAUCAUUCAGUGGGAGGCGUGGACGCACUGCGGGUCCAAGCGCGUCGAGACGGCGGCCACGUGGGAGCUACACGUGCACCUGAAACCAACCCAGUCGUCCAACUACUCGACCACCCAAGACAACAACAAUCAACCGGGCAGUUCCAGCGGUGCCACCAAUGUUUGGGGCGCCAUGGGUAGCAGACACCUCGUCCUGUUGGGAGUUGCACUUGCCUGUGGGUUAAUGUAAUAAACAAUUGCAACUCGUUCGAUG